UGAGUGCUGUUUCGGCCUCUUUCGGGACUGGCCGUACAUUUUCGCCUCUUUGUUUUACUGAUAGUGGAUUUAACUCGGAUUCGACCCAAUAUCCAGCGGGCUGUACUGUACCCAAACAGGUGCUGAGGAGGGGUAUUCCAUGAUGAGGAGUUAGCGGUAAACGACGUUAGCCACGUCAGCGGUGCACAUCAACAGGAACGCUAGUGGUCGCCACGACAACCGCAGUGUCCACAUGGCGGCGCUAGGGAACCCCGACAUGCUGACCAGGAAGAUCAAGUUGUGGGACAUCAACGCCCACAUCACCUGUCGGCUGUGUGAGGGAUACCUGAUCGAUGCUACCACGGUUACGGAGUGUUUACACACCUUCUGCAGGAGCUGUCUCGUGAAGUACCUGGAGGAGAACAACACGUGUCCCACCUGUAGAAUCGUGAUUCACCAAAGUCACCCGCUGCAGUACAUAGGACAUGACAGAACAAUGCAAGACAUUGUAUACAAGCUCGUCCCAGGAUUGCAAGAGGCGGAGAUGAAGAAGCAGAGAGACUUCUAUCAGAAGUUGGGGAUGGAGGUUCCUGGGGACAUCAAAGGAGAGCUGUGCAACAUGAAAACCCCCCUGGACCAACGGAAUGGUGACGCAAAAUCAGAGGAGACGACAAAUAAGGAGGCCGGGGAAGAGAAACCAGAGGAGGACAACGACUAUCACCGUAGCGACGAACAGGUGAGCAUCUGUCUGGAGUGCAACAGCAGUAAGCUGCGGGGGCUGAAGAGGAAGUGGAUUCGCUGCUCGGCUCAGGCCACCGUCCUGCACCUCAAGAAGUUCAUCGCCAAGAAGCUCAACCUCACCUCCUUCAACGAGCUGGACAUUUUAUGCAACGAGGAGAUCCUGGGCAAGGACCACACUUUGAAAUUUGUUGUUGUGACAAGAUGGAGAUUUAAGAAAUCUCCGCUCCUUCUCCACUACAGACCGAAGAUGGACCUCCUGUAGCCAGAACUCCCGACUCUUUGGUUUGGUUUCUGUUGUCUUUUUUACCGUGUUUUGUUUUGUGUCGGACAGCGGGGGUCUCGGUAGGACCGUUUUGCUCGCCCUCUGUGUCACGUGUCGCCGAUGGGAUAGUUUUUCUUUUUGUACUGAGAAACCCGCGGGGAGAGAGAGACCGACCAUGGUGCGAGAAUCCACACCAGCAGAACUAGAGCUGAACGAGGCGGAGUCGACAGGACGAACUAACACACGACGCCCACCUCCAGCACACAAUGCUCCCUGGAAGCUCCUGGAACUAAGAUCAACCUUUUUUUUUUAUUAUUAUUGUGUGUUCGCUAUGUCCUAAAUAUGUGAACGGAAAAAAAGAAUUCCCGCUGGAAAAAGAGCAUAUAUUUAUACUUUUGUACAGACGAGAAACAUGGAGCCGUGAAUAUAUUGGUGCUCUGUUUACACACAAACCACAAACAAACAAACAAACAAACAAUGCGAUGUCGUUGAGGGGGGUUUGGGGGAGUAACCCAUGUUUUUCUUUUUAUUUGUACUAUUCUUUUCGACCUACUUCCUGGUGAAACAUUGGAUGGGAAGGAGGAUGUUUUUUGAUACAAGGUAGGUUGCUUCCCAAAUAACUGUAGUCACAUCAGAGCAUCGAUAAAGUUAUAUCCAAGAUGUAAUUUUUCUUAAGUUGUUUAUCAAACCAUGUUUCUGUUUUCGUUUAUUUUAUUUACUUUUGGGUUCUUCAGAUUGUCAAUUUGUGAAUAGGCUGACUUUUUUGUGUAGUAAUUUAUGUUCUAUAUAUAGAUAUUGUACAUAAAAUGUCAUUACAAGAGUGCGAGAGAGAGACAGAGAGAGACAGAGAGAGAGACUUUAGACUGUUAAAAGAUGGGAUUCCAGAAGUGCUAUCUAUAUGUUGGGCCUCAUGUAUGUAGUCUGGCUUUACAAAUAGGUUCACAAAGACCCGCUAUCCGUAUCAGAAUAUAUAAAUCUACAUCUUUAUUUUGUCUGAAGAAGGCACAAAAAAUGUUUAUCAAAUCCUCCAUUCUAUGUGUGUUCGGGGCCUUCGUAUGCUUUUAUUUUGGUAAAUUGCUGUUAUGUCUAGUUUUCAGCUAGAACCAGAAAUCCAACCUUCAGUACCCCACAUUCAUCAAUCCCUCCCAACUCAAAUACAAUUUCAUUCAACAUACUGUUAUUUUUUAAAUACGGUACAACAGAAAAGUGCAUCAAACUGUCAUAAAAAAUUCCCCGGAAAACGCUUGGAGAAAUGUCAGGGCCUUAGUCAAGAAUGGGAUCAUGUUCUUAGAAAUUAUUAUUUUAUUAAUCUACAUUUCUUAAUAACUAAUCCAUCUGCUGUCAAACAAUCAAAAACAUCUCUGGGACACAGAAAAUAUAUAGCUGACGCUAUUGCUAGAAGCUUAUUAUUAGCUUGCUUCUUCUCGAAGAUACUGGUCUUAUCGCGACGGAAACUGGUUCCGUCCACCAAUUUCCCACUUGGCAAAUUUAAGGCAAAAAUGAUAUAUUGGGAUUAUUAGCAUAUUAGGUGUUAAUGUGAAAAAUAUGAUUCAAAGAAAUUUAUAAUAACACUUCAAAAUACCAUUUAUGAACAAAAUAAGAUGUUUCACAGGGGACUGAGUCAUUUUUCAAUAGUUUUGAUGCACAAUUGUAUAACAAAAAUUAUGGCUGUUUUGUCAUUUGGUGCUGAUGUGUGUAUGUUGUACCCUGGAAAGAUUCCUCAACUGUCGGACUUUAACUGUGACCUCAGCAAAGCCAUUGAAGUAGAUCUUGAGCUUUCUGAGUAAUUUCCACCCUGUUUCCACACCAAUGCCCAACCUCUGAUAACCAACACUUCAACUGGCCAUUUUAACUUGUGUUAUACAAUGGCCAUUAACCACCUUAACCACCCUCCGAUCAUCGCUUUCUCAUUCGAAACUGGAAGCAUCACCAUCCCCCACCAUAUCCCAUAAUGUGGUCAACCCCACCCUAUUCCCUUCUGUGAUCCCGUCGACCCUCAGCCUAUCUGAUAAUGUAGUCCUCCCCACCCGACUCUCUUCUAUGAUCACAACCACCCAACACAAUAUCCCUUAGUCUGGUUACUACCACGCUAUUCCUAAUGGUCAGCACUACCCUGUUUACUACUCUGAUCACCAACACCCACCACCCUAAUCACUACUGUGAUCACCAUCGACCCCCAACCUAUCCCAUAAUGUGGUCAUCACCUCCCUAUUCCCUAUUGAGGUCCUCUCCAGCCUUAACCCUGGCCAUUCAGAUGGUGUUAUUGUCGUUUCAACCAAUGUAUCGUUGGUGCCAUGCCGUAAUUCCGACGCCUCAUUGUUCCGACGUCUCAAUGGUCCGAAAUAUUUCCCAUUAGAUCGACAUGCCGACGGUUCAAUGUUACGA